GUCCUAUUUUAUCUCUUCCCGAUAGGUCUUAAUUUCUUCGUCAAAGUAGUUAUGUUACGAGUUAUUAGCUAUAGCUAGUAAGCCAUAGUUGUAGUAUUAGCCUACUAGCUACAUGCGUCCUACUUGCAUGGUCUCUCUAGUGUACACCGUCAACCGUACACGCCUGCACCAAUGCAAUGCUAGCUGGCUAGCUAGCUGCAAACUUAUGUUUUCAUUAGAUAUAUUUAAAUAAGAUUAACAUGCCAGAAUAUCAAGUUAAUGGAAAAGAAAAAAAUGGUGUGCCUCUUGACACUGUUGACGUUGGAUACAACAACAAAGCUUAUAAAAACACAGAACUAGAAGAUGAGAGAGAAAAUGGUUCAAGUUCAUCUUCAGAAGAGAAAGAAAAAGAUGAGAAAGCAGAAUUACAAGUUGUAUCUGUUGGAGAGUUAUUUCGCUAUGCUACAUCACUGGAUUGGUUCUUAAUGUUCAUUGCUACUAUAGCUGCAAUUGGAAAUGGAGUUGCUCAACCUGUUUCAUUUAUUCUGUUUGGUGAAAUAAUUAACGAUUUUAUAAAUGUUGAAAGUGACAAGCCAUUAGACAUUGAAGGUGCCAUGCAGGAAUUUGCUUUUUACUAUAUCUAUGUUGCCAUUGCAACAAUUGUCUUAGGUUACUUACAAAACACUUUGUGGCUGUUUGCGAGCAUACGACAAGCUUUUGUAAUUCGAACGCAAUGCUUUAAAUCUAUAUUACGUCAGGAUAUUGGUUGGUUUGAUACAACUGACUCAGGAGAGUUGAGUACACGAUUAGCUGAUGAUAUAACCAAAAUUCAAAAUGGAAUUGGUGAUAAAAUUGGUUCAAUGCAGCAAGCUAUUGCCAUGUUGGUUGCAGGAUUGGCGAUAGGGUUUGGUUAUGGCUGGCAAUUGACUCUUGUCAUAAUGGCGAUGUCACCAUUGCUGAUCUUUGCAGCAUACAUCACAGGAAAAGUGAUUGCAAUGAUAACAAGUGAAGAACAAACUGCUUACGCAAAAGCUGGUUCUAUUGCAGAGGAAGUGCUAAGCUCCAUUCGAACUGUAGUUGCUUUUGGUGGUGAAGAAAAAGAGAUUGAGAGAUACAAAUCCAAGCUGUUAGAAGCUGAGAAAGCUGGUAUCAAGAAAGGAAUAUCAAGUGGUUUUGCUUUUGCACUGUUUAAUUCAGUUAUAUUUGGGUUAUGUGCUUUAGCUUUUUGGUAUGGAGGUGAAUUGGUUGUUGAUGGUAAAUUAUCUGGUGGAGAUCUUUUGAUCGUGUUUUUCUCUGUUUUGAUUGGAGCAGCACAAGUUGGACAAGUUGGCCCUAAUGUUGAGGCAUUUAUGGUAGCAAGAGGAGCAGCAUAUUACAUUUAUAAUUUGAUGGAUAGAUGCCCUGUUAUAGAUUCUUUCAGUGAAGAAGGCAGUAAACCAAAGAUAUCAGGGGAUAUCAGUUUUAUCAACUGUAAAUUUAACUACCCUAGUCGACCUGAUAUAAAGAUAUUACAAAACUUAGAUCUUCACAUCCCCACUGGAACUACAUGUGCUCUUGUCGGCGAAAGUGGUUGUGGUAAAUCAACAACAGUUAAGCUUGUACAAAGGUUUUAUGAUGUGCAUGAUGGCAGUGUUCUCAUUGAUAACAACAAUAUCAAAGAUAUUAAUGUGAGAUACUUACGUAAACAUAUUGGUGUAGUGUCACAAGAACCAGUUCUUUUUGAUGCAUCUAUUGCUGAUAAUAUUAGAAUGGGUCAUUCGGAUGCAACACAAGAGAUGGUUGAAGCUGCUGCUAAGAAUGCAAAUGCUUAUAAUUUUGUAACCGCUUUACCUAAUGGAUUUGAUACCUAUGUUGGUGAAGGUGGCGCACAGCUCAGUGGUGGCCAAAAACAGCGCAUUGCAAUAGCUCGUGCUCUCGUGAGAGAUCCAAAGAUUCUGUUGUUGGAUGAAGCAACAUCGGCACUUGAUACAGAAAGUGAAUCUGUAGUACAAGCUGCUCUUGAAAAGGCUAGUGAGGGCAGAACCACUAUUAUCAUUGCUCAUCGUCUAUCAACAAUUCGGAAAGCAACCAUGAUUGCUGUUGUUGCAGCGGGUCAGAUUGUAGAGGUUGGUAAACAUGAAGAAUUGAUGGCGAAGAGAGGAGAAUAUUUUAAACUGGUUAUGUUACAAACAAUGCAAGAAGAGGAGGAGGAUAAUGACGAAAAUAAAGAUUUAGCAUCUAUUUUAAGUGAUUCAGAAAGAGAGGAAUUACUAGCUCGGAAAAUGCUGCGAUCAUUUUCUCAAAUCUCAGAUGGUAGUGAACAGGAAGUAAGCAAGGAGUUGGAGCGCAAAUUAAGUAGAAGAGCAUCAAGAAAGCCUGCUCUGCAGAAACAAAAGUCUGUAAAGGAGGAAGAAAUUGAAGAAGAACAGCCUUCUCAGGUCCCUUCCAUGUGGCGAAUUAUGAAAAUGAAUUUAAAAGAAUGGCCGUUUAUGUUAGUUGGUGUUAUAUUUGCAGCUGUAGCUGGAGCAAUGCCGGUUGCAUUUGCUAUUAUUCUAAGUGAAGUCCUAGAGUCAUUCACGUUGGCGCAUCAGCCUAAAAAAAUGCAACAUGACUCAGAGUUUUGGUCCAUUAUGUUUAUGGUUUUGGGUUUUUCCAUUGGAAUUGGAUAUUUUAUUGCACAAUAUAUGUUUGCUAUUGCUGGUGAAGCUCUCACAACCCGACUUCGUGAAAUGGCAUUUCGAGCAUUGCUGCGCCAAGAAAUUGGUUAUUUUGAUGUUCCGCUGCACAGUACAGGCGCUUUGACUGCCCGUCUUGCGUCAGAUGCUUCAGCUGUGCAAGGGGCUACAAGCACAAGAUUAAACACUUUAACUCAAGUCUUGGUUAUGGGUCUAUCUUCUCUUAUCAUUGCAUUUGUGUACUCAUGGCAGUUGUCAUUAGUUAUUCUUGCGUUUGUUCCUUUAAUUGCAUUUGCUGGUGCUGUGCAGACAAAGUUAAACACAAGCUUUGCAGCAGAUGGUCAGAAGUUGUUAUCGGAAGCUGGAUCGUUAGCAACUGAAGCUAUUAUGCAAAUACGCACUGUUGCAUCUCUUGGCAAAGAAGACUAUUUCUACAAUAAAUAUGUUCACCUCAUACUUGGUCCUAACAAGAAGUCCAGAAGGAGUGCUCAUUUCUUUGGCUUGUCAUUCGGAUUUUCCAUGGGAAUUAUAUUUUUUUCAAAUGCUGCAGCGUUUUAUAUGGGUGGCUAUUUACAUGCACGAAACAAAGUAACUAUGUCGGAUAUGAUCAAAGUUAUGAUGUCAAUCCAGUUUGGUGCUAUGACGGCUGGUCAGUUAGCUUCGUUUGCUCCAGAUUAUGUGAAAGCAAAAGUAGCUGCCGGAAGAAUACUUGAUUUAUUUGAUCGCAUCCCAACUAUUGAUUCAUACAGUAAUGAGGGAAUCAAGGAUGAAAUUAAUGGAAAUGUGGAAUUUUCCGAUGUUAAAUUCCACUACCCGAAUCGAGCAAAUGUUCCAGUCUUGCAAGGUUUAGACCUGAAAAUACAACAAGGACAGAUGGUGGCAUUUGUGGGAGCUAGCGGUUGCGGAAAGUCAACCUCCGUCUCUCUACUGGAAAGAUUUUAUGACGUUGCUGGUGGAGCUGUGUUUAUCGAUGGCAAACCAAUUAAAGAUUACAACGUCAGACAGCUGCGCGCGCAGAUUGGUAUCGUACAACAAGAACCCGUGCUGUUUGAACGUAGUAUUCGUGACAACAUUCUCUAUGGUAUUAAUGAGCAGGAAAGAAAAGUCGAGCAAGCCGAGUUAGAAGAUGCGUGUAAAAGUUCGAAUAUUCAUCAUUUUGUAUCAAACCUUCCUAACGGUUACAGCACAAAUGUUGGAGAUAAGGGUGCAUUAAUAUCUGGUGGUCAAAAACAAAGAAUCGCUAUCGCACGUGCGUUAAUUCGAAAUCCGAAAAUUUUACUGCUGGAUGAAGCUACGUCAGCUCUAGAUUCAGAAAGUGAAAAGAUUGUACAAGAAGCACUCGAUGUUGCCAUGGAAGGACGUACGGCUAUCGUGAUUGCUCACCGACUUUCGACGAUUCAAAACGCUGACGUCAUAGCCGUGAUGCAAGGCGGUAAAAUCGUCGAACUUGGUAAUCAUCACGAGCUUCUUGCUUUGAAGGGGGCGUAUUAUUUGUUAAAUCAAGCUCAACUUUAGGUAUAAAUAAAGAAUUUUCACCGGGAACUUUAAGAUUAAUAAUAUGAAUUUAUGUCUUUUGUUUACUUUCUUUUGUUUGCUUCUGGUUUUAUUGUUAGUAUUUUAAUUACAUCAGUAAAAAAUUAGGUACGUUAAAGUUACAAAUUUUGACCCACGCCACGCCCAUCGUAACGAUUAGUAACACCAAAAACUUUCCUAAGGGUUGAUGAAGAAUAUAGCCUUGACCCCGCCCCUUUGCCCUUAUGUAAAUAUUAAUUGACCCCUUAUUGAUGGAUUAAAUUUUACGUGGGUAACAUUUUGCGACUUAGCUAGUUUUUAAUUUCCUUAUCAAGGGAAACAUUACGCGCAAAAUAGUUUUUGUGAAUUUAUCUCCAAUACUAUUUUGCAUCCCUCUAAAGUUGUUAACUAAACAGCCUUAAUUCGAACUUUUACUUUUUUACGCCAUGGUUAUGCUCUGUACUAUAAUCUAUCAAAAUUGUAUAAAAUAUUGUGGGUUUUUCUAAGGAUGUAAAAUUUUUUUAAGGAAGUCCUUAUUUGCUUUUACGAGUUAAUUUUCUAUCUGUUAUUCUCACCUAAAAAAAUAUGUAAUUAAAUUUUAUAUUUGGUACACUAUAUUGGUAUUUAUAUUUUAUGUAAGAGUUUUUAUUUAUCGUAUAUCUUGUUUUGAAUUUUUCGAUGUAGUUGUUUCAAUCAAAAUAUGCAGUUAUAUUA